AGCACCGCUCGGGCUGAGCGCUGCCUGGGGCUGAGCGCUGUCUGGGCUCAGCACCGCUCGGGCUGAACGCUGCCUGGGGCUGAGCGCUGUCUGGGCUCAGCACCGCUCGGGCUGAGCGCUGUCUGGGCUCAGCGCUGCCUGGGGCUCGCAGGCAGGCUCGCCGCCCGCGCGCGGGAUGCGCGCAGCGGCGCGGGGGCGGGAUCGCGCCUCGCUCCCCCCAGGGCCGCAGCCUGAGCCCGGCCCCGCCGCCCGCCUCCCUCCCUGCCCCGCUGUCAGAGCCGCCCGCCCGCGUGGCAGCGGGGCACGGCGGCCGAGCGGCGUCUGCCUGCGCUGGCUGCCGUGGGACCGGGGGACGACAGCUGCGUCCCACGCGGCGUCUGUCCGUCCGUCCGUCCGUCCGUCCAUCCAUCCACGCAUCCAUCCCUGCGUGGGCGGCGGCUCGUGUGUGUGUGUGACUGACAGGGAGGCGCGCACUGCGCGGGGGCAGCCGCUCGCACGCAGCCCGCCGGGGCCACGCCGGCGCGCCCCGGCUGCGGCAGCCGCUCCUCCGUCCCCGGAGCCCUCCCCGGUGGGGACAGCCUCAGCGGCCGCGCUGCUCGUCCUCCUCCUCCUCCCUCCUGGCGGGGCCUUCAUCUUCUGAAACGGGAACUGAAAUUUGGCCAGUCAGCAUCGAGUUACUGCUGAAAAUCUUGAUCACCUCAGCAUUUGCCGCUUUUUUGUCUCCUUAAAAAAGUGUUUUGUACAUAUGAUGAACAUAUUUAUGAAAGCGACCGCUAAACUAUCCAGAAAUCCUGUCAUUAAGGCUGCAAUCCUGUAAAGAAAGAGAUAAACAUAAUCAUAUAAUUGCAUAAUUAAAGCCUUUACCAUAAUACCUAUUCUCAUCUAAAAGUUGUGAGUUAUAUGCAAUGCUUAAGUACUGUGAGGAAACUAGAGUAAUUGUAGUUGUUGACAUUGUGUUGUGAAAUGUACUAAAGGAAAUGAUAAUAUUAAAAAAAAAAAAAAAAAAAAAAACUUGCUUGCAAGCACUUUCUUAGAGCUUUAUGAACAGGAUCAUUACAGGCAUGUUAGGAACUGAGACUGCUUAUAUUUAGAGGAGGAGAACUUGGGCUGCAGUUGGGAGUAUUCUAGUUUCCUGAGCUGCUAGUGAAGGAAGGAAAGACUUGAACUUGUGCAGUUUAUUUUUAUCUGUUUAUUUUCCAUUAAUAACAUUUGAAUACCUUAGCUAGAAUCAGCCACUUUCAAAAAAGUUUCGAAAAAUAAUUUGGAAAGGAGCAUGUCACCCCUCAAAAAACCAGGAGGAUGAAUGGCAAUACCAUUACAUAAAAGAAUCCACUCUCAGAGGACUUCUGUCUGAAGCAAAAAUAAAUAGAAAUCAGGUUUCUUUGUCUCCUUUUCUUAUGAAUUGAUUUGCUUUUACAUGAAAAGUGCUAGGAACUUUCCUAUGUUUUAAACUGUCAGAAGGCACAGACCUGGAAAUAUCAGCAAUAUAACAAUUUAGCAUUGUUAUUCUUUAUUAUUCUUUAGAAUGUUAUUGUUAUUAUUUAUGUAUCAUCCAUUUCCAGGGCAAGUCUUCCAGAUUCAGGAGGGAAUACUUUGUCACAUGUUUGUAAAGCAGCCAGGUCUCUACAGUCUCUGGGCAGUCUGGCAGUAAGGAGCAGUAAGUAGUUCAGUGGUAGAGACAGCAAACACUGUUCUUGUAAAAAAACACUGCCAGUGCUGAAAUCAAAGUUGUAUACUUGGCAUUACAGCAGUCUAAAGCUGUCUUCCAUAUUCAAACACUUUUUAUGCCUUGAAGAAAACUAUAGGCCAUAUAGGACCUCAGACAGUUCCUGUAAAAUGCAAAGCAUGUCUUCAUUGCCCUUUACAGUGAAAUAGUAAAGUUUACAUGCUGUUUUAUAUAAUUUUAGGAAAGUAAUUUUCAAAGAGAAAUAAAAAAUAAAUACAUGAAGGUAGAAAUUAUACCUGGUUUUGCAUAGUUCUAUUUCCUCUACUGAUAUGCCCUAAUUAAAAUAAAUAUAUUUAUAUAGAUAUAAAUAUAUUUUUAAUUUUAAAUGUAUAAUAUAUUAUACACAAUAAAUUCUACAGAGUGUAAAAUUUAUAAUUUUACACUUAUAUGUGGUAAGGUUUAUGGCACACACAGUAUUUGCUGCACUACAUAGUACAUGCUGCAUGCUGUAUGUAACAGUUCUGCAAACAGUACAAGUUGAUGUAUUCUGUGCUAGUAAAUUUUUAUUUAAAUUAUACUUCAUAUAUUAAAAUCUAUAAAGAAAUUGCAGAUUAUAUUAUCAUAUGUUAACUAUUACAGGCAUAUACAUCUUAUAUAUAUUUAUAUAUAUAUAUAUAUACACAUAUAUAUAUGUGUGUGUGUGUGCCUCAUGCAGUUUCUUUCAGUACCUCUUUUCAGAACACUCUCUGUAGGAAAGGUAAUCUUAAUUGACUUGCUGUGUGCUUCAUUGCAUUUGGUGUUUUCUAGGUCAGGGCAGAGUCAGAACAGUUGACAAAGUUCAGAUACAGGGUGUUAAGUGCCUGUAACUUGCUUAAAGUCACAAAAAUUACCAUGAGCCCU